AACACAACACACUUUUCUCGUGCGAUUUGUGGUGGGAUUCGACAACACCCUCUUUCCGUUUAAUCUUGCUGCUUUUUCCCUUUCCCAUCUUUGAUUUUCCCCCUUCUUUCAAGAUUCCUUCUUUGCUACCGUCUCUGUUUGGCGUCGUAACACCAGAUACCCGGCCGUUAAUACCCUCUCUUCGAGCUGUCAGUUUGCAAAUAACAACUCCUUGGACCCUCUGGGUUUCUCAAGAACUGACCAGCGCGCGCAAACUGGACCCUGCCAGCCUAAUUUGCGCUGAGACAUUACAAAUACGGAAACAGCAUCACAAAUCGAUCAUAGACUCGCAGUCAUGGCUUCGCAUCCUCAAGGAGAAGCCCUCGAUGAUAUCGAGCACAACCCCCAUGCCUCGGCCAACAGAUGGCGCCACCAGGAGAGCUCAGCUUUCCUCCGCCAUGCCGCCGGCGCCCACAACCAUGCGCAACCCCGCGACCCCCAAGAACGAGGAACGACCAACGACCUGGCCGACUUCCUGAACCGCGAUCGUGUCGAGCCCGAGAACCCCAGUGCUCCGCCCAACUUCAAGCCCAUCAUGGUUGCUGCUGGUGAGGCCGCUGGCCAGGAGGAACCUCGCGCGACAGAGACUCACGCCCACGAGCAAGACGCCCCCGACGGCAGGCAGAUCAUCUGUGGACCGCUGCUCAACUACCGCAGGAUGGACGACAACAAUUGGUACGGAAGCGUCUUGAUCGUCACAAAGGGCGGCGGCAAGACUCAGAGCUUCGCACCGCACUUGGUUCUGCGCCCUGCGAAUGCGGUAAAUGGCCAGCACGCCCCUGCCGAGACGAACGGCGUCCACGGUACCAACGGCGCUGUCAACGGCGAGGUUUCCGGCGCAGCCAAUGGCGCGGGCACGCAUGGCACAGAAACCCAGGGUCAAUGUCUCUACUCUGACCCUCGCAACACUUUCUGGGCCUUUGACUUAUCACUGCCGCUCAGCCAAGUGGAGGCCAAGUGGGAGUAUGCGAUCCCCGAUAUGCGAUUCUCGGCUGGCAACAUCAGGCCUGAUCGUUACCACUUCUUCGUCCCGGCCAUUAACGAGUCGAUGCGCAUCAUGUUCCACUCCUGCAACGGAUUCAGCGUGGGUACUGAUGAAGACGCCUGGAGCGGCCCCGCCUUGUGGAACGAUGUGAACCGACACCACAAGGAGCGACCAUUCCACGUCAUGCUUGGAGGAGGUGACCAGAUCUACAACGAUGGAAUCCGAGUCGACGGGCCUCUGCGCGAAUGGACCGAGAUCUCGAACCCCAAGAAGCGCAGACACUUCCCCUUCCCCGAGAAGCUUCGCCAGGCUUGCGACGAUUACUACCUCAAGAACUAUGUCCGUUGGUACUCCACGGAGCCGUUUGCGACCGCCAAUGGCCAGAUUGCGCAGCUCAACAUCUGGGAUGAUCACGAUAUCAUUGACGGAUUUGGUUCCUACGUUGACGAAUUCAUGCGAUGCGAUGUGUUCAGGGGUAUCGGUGGAACUGCUCACAAGUACUACAUGCUGUUCCAGCAUCACCUUCCUCCACCACCAUCUACCUACACCUCGGACCACACGACAACGUCCGAGGGCCAAGGACUUGACCCUAACCAACUCAUGGAUACCUAUGUUGCACCGGCCAAGUCGGAUCCCAGCUACAUUGUCGGCAAGCAGGCUGGUCCCUAUGUCGCUGAACACUCACAUAACAUGUUCGCCCGGCUUGGUGCGCGUAUUGCCUUCCUAGGCAUUGAUGCCCGAACGGAGCGCACGCGUCAUCAAAUCAACUACCCAGAGACGUACGAUAUGAUAUUCAGUCGCCUCAGACAAGAGCUCAAGGGAGCUCAGGAGUCUGGACGCCCAUUCAAGCACUUGAUUCUUUUGCUGGGAAUCCCGAUUGCGUACCCUCGCCUGACAUGGCUUGAGAACGUCUUCCGCAGUCCUAUUAUGGGUCCUGUGAAGUUCCUGAACCGAAGGUUUGGUCUCGCUGGUGGUGUUUUCAACCACUUUGACGGCAGUGUCGACUUGCUCGACGAUCUUGACGACCACUACACGGCCAGAACUCACAAGAAGGAGCGCAACGCUCUUGUGGAGCGGCUUCAGGCCAUCGCAUCAGAGUUCUCAGUCCGUAUCACCAUUUUGGGUGGCGAUGUGCACUUGGCGGCUAUGGGCCGAUUCUACUCGCAUCCUCGCCUGAACAUUGCUUCGGAGAACGACCACCGCUACAUGGCGAACGUGGUCUCUUCUGCCAUUACCAACAAGCCACCGCCGGUGGCGAUUGCCAAUCUGCUGGCCAGGAGAAACAAGAUCCAUCACCUGAACCACGAUACGGACGAGACGCUGCUCAAAUUCUUUGACAAGGAUCCUGGCGACUCGAGCAAGACAUCCAACUCCAACCAUGUUACUAUGCCGAGCCGUAAUUUUGCCAUCCUUACGGAGAACUCGCCCAACAAUGGGCUGGCUGUGCCGGCAAACGGGGAUACGCGGUCAGUGAUUUCCGGCAAGGGCGGGCACGAUUUCCUCCAUGUCGGCGAGGUUGAAUCGGGAUCAAAGCACAAGGCAGCUGGAAAACAGCACGGCACCGGCAACGAUGGUAGCUUGGACAUCUGCAUCCGCGUCGAAAUUGACCAGCACAACCGCGAGGGCCUCACCGAGGGGUACGGUGUCACUGUCCCCCAGCUCAACUACAACAGUCAUCCGGAGCCGGUUGAGCCCUUCCCUGCGCAGGAGCGCGAGAAUGGACAGCGCGAGUAAAGAGGCUCUGUUCAAGGUGGUGAAGGGAAGAUGGUUGAUGAUCGAUGCUCGACGUUGGCUAGCAUUGCUGCAACGGUUGUCGGAGACCCCAUCCGAUGCGUUGUUGGUUGCAUUACGUUAUGUUAUACCCAUGAAGCGAAGGAGCUAAGAGGAAAGGGAGAAGAUGGAUGUACAAUGUUAUAGGGGGAGGCUCGACCUUUGCUGUGUUUUGAAGUUUGUGUAUGUUCUUAUCUCAAAAGACUAAGUAAUAAUGAUGAGGGCUCGUCCGAAUACGGAGCCAUUGUUACCUGG